AUGCAAGCUGCAAGCCAUGCCACUGGCGGUGGAGAUCAAUCCAAACCAGCGGUGUACAGCAUGACACCGGAGGAGAUCCUCCAGAUCGUUCAGACAAAAUGCCAGGAAGGCGUGCCCUACAUCUUACUGGCCCACAUCGGACAUCCGACAACAUCCUCUGGCGACAUCUCUGCCUGCCACUGGCUUGGGACGAAGAACACUUGGAAGCCUGCAGUCAAACACAAUGUGGAGUUGGUGGAGAAGUUUCUGCAUUACCACAGUAUCUACCCUCAAUGCAUGCUUUGCCCCAAUGGCGUCGGCUUUGCAGAGCACGUGCCGGCGGAGAAGCACCUGCGCGCCCUGUGGGAGAAGUGCCCCACAGGAAAGAAAGUGGUUGAUUGCGCCAAGGAUCUCUGGCAAGAGUGGCGACUGCCAAAUCUCGUGCUCUUGAGAUACAAUCACUGCCACGGACAAGUGCUGAUCUGCAGGGGGGAGCCGCGCCCCGGCAAGAUGUUGCCCUUCCCGUCGGCGGACACUCCGGCCGCUGGCGCGCCGAUGAUGCAGUCGCGGGGUCCGCCCUCUGUGGCCCCGUCCUUCGCGCCGAGCUCCAACAU